AUGUGCGAGCGAAGCCGAAGGUCGCUCGAAGGUCGCAUGGCUGAAAUCUCAACUAGCUGUAACCGUAAGACUUAUCACAAAGAUAUUCCUCCCUUGGCGGUGACCAUGGAAUGCGAUGCGUUCCGCAUGGAGAGGAUGCUGAACUUUACAGGAGCUAGCGAGGGCAUGCGCUUCGGCUUCAUCAAGUGCCGCUUGGACAAGGCCUUCGCGCUCGAGCUCCAGUCGGAAGACGAGUACUUUAACGCGCUAAUAUCGCUCUCGGAGUACUCGUUUGGGGCGUUCAAAAAGGACGCGAGCAACCCCAUCCCGGGCACUGACAUGAACAAGAGCGAUGGAUCCUUCAAUAACCUGUUCCACUACGACUACUCCAACAACGUUGACUACACCUUCAUCUAUGACUGCCUGGCCAACCCGCUGAUCCGAACGCCAGUCUACCAGCAGUACUGCGGCAAGCACAGGGAUGAGCUUAAUGGGAUGUCUGGAGCGCUACCGAGUGGUCACACGCAACCUCAUCCCGCUGAUGAAAACGCUGCGCAAAGAUUUGUGCAGCAUCUACUUCGUGGACGUUCUAGCCGCGAUCUGUACGCCUUCAUCGCCUAUGUGGUCAACCAGUUCAGAGAUGGUUCCAGCUUCAAAAGCUUCAUCACCGACUUCGGAAAGAAGAGAGCGCGUCAGCUGCUGAAAACCAUGAACCGCUCAUUCCGCCGCAUUGACUUCAAGUUUGUUCUGAAGAAGUAUAUGCCGUUGCUCUACACGGUAUAUGCUUACUGCGCCGACGCGCGAGUGGACUGUCUGGACCGUGUGUACGACUACAUGCUGAAUGAGGGCCUCUCCGUCUUCAAGACGGUACCAAGCAAGCAGGUAGUGGUGGGCUACAAGGUGAACGAUCAGUACCGCAUCGAUGUCCUCGAAACAAGCGCAGUCCUGGAUUUUGUGGGGGAUCGCCAGUUUCAAAUUGCUUCGCACACGCUGCUUGAGAGUCUGAACUUCGGGUUUCACGAUGCCCGACUCAAAGCGUACCAGGACAUUAGCAGCAUGGAUCGUCGAAUUGGUGGUCAGUUGCGCAAAAUGUACGCCAGCUUCAGCUUCAACGGACGCUCAGUUUUCAGCGGCGAAAUCAUCUGCUCCGAAGAUGCGAUCGUCGUGGGGUGCUGA